AUGAAAUUUAUACGAAAGCCAUUAUUGGAAAGAAACCAGAAUUUGACCGGUUUAUCAGCACGGUGUGCAAUGAAAGAGAAAAGUAAAAAUGCUGCUCGUUCACGACGGGAAAAAGAGAAUGCAGAAUUUUUGGAGCUUGCUAAACUUCUUCCAUUACCGUGUGCAAUAACAUCACAGUUAGACAAAGCAUCAAUCAUAAGACUCACAACGUCGUACCUGAAAAUGCGUCAAGUAUUUCCUGAUGGAUUAGGCGAGGCGUGGGGUGCACAGCAUAUUCCCUCAAAUCCACGAGAAUUGGCAAUAAAGGAACUCGGUUCACAUCUUCUUCAAACAUUGGACGGAUUCAUUUUCGUGGUAGCACCCGAUGGAAAAAUUAUGUACAUUUCAGAGACAGCGUCUGUGCAUUUAGGAUUAAGUCAGGUGGAAUUAACGGGAAAUUCAAUUUAUGAAUAUAUCCAUAAUUUUGAUCAAGACGAAAUGGCUGCUGUACUAUCAUUACAACAAAAUAUGUAUGGCCAUCAAGUUCAUCCGUUACAAGCCCAAUUACAACAACAGCAACAACAACAAUCAAAUCAAAUGCAAAUCCCAUCAAAUUUAUCACCCACACAAUUAGAUUCAGCAACACCUCCACUCGUUCCACUUGUCCCACCAGUACUUUCAAAUAAUUCAACAAAUAUUCCAUCCGUAUCGAAUCCCAUUAUGAAUAAUCAAGCUAAUAACCAUACAUUCAGUCAACAUCAGUCACAACACCUACAUAAUGCACAUCAUCAUCAUCAAUCAUUAAACCAAAAUCAUCAUCAUCCGCAUCAUCAUUCACAUCAACGUCAUCAGGAGACUCAAACGAUUGAAAUUGAGCGAACGUUUUUCCUUCGGAUGAAGUGUGUGUUGGCAAAAAGAAAUGCUGGUCUAACGACUUCAGGCUAUAAGGUGAUACAUUGUUCAGGAUACUUAAAAGCUCGAGUAUAUCAUGAUACAAACUAUAAUGGUGAAGGUAAUGGACCGACUUAUGUCCAAAAUUUGGGUCUCGUUGCUGUUGGACAUUCACUACCUCCAUCGGCUAUCACUGAAAUUAAACUUCAUCAAAAUAUGUUUAUGUUUCGAGCGAGUAUGGAUCUCAAAUUAAUUUUCCUCGAUGCACGAGUAUCACAACUAACAGGAUUUGAACCACAAGACUUAAUAGAAAAGACAUUAUAUCAAUAUAUUCAUGCAUCCGAUAUUCUUUCUAUGCGAUAUGCUCAUCAAAUCUUGAUGUACAAAGGACAAGUGACGACAAAAUAUUAUCGAUUUUUAACAAAAGGUGGUGGAUGGACAUGGGUACAAAGCUAUGCAACAGUCGUACAUAAUACUCGUUCAUCACGUCCACAUUGUAUUGUUAGUGUUAAUUAUGUACUUAGUCAGAAAGAAGCCAAGGACCUUUUACUUAAUGAAGUUCAAGGAAAUAUAGUAAGACCGACAAUAUCAACUGAAUCAACACCGCCGUCUCAAAGCCGUACUUCAACAAUUACAAAUAUCACAAAUACACCAAUUCAUACGCCACUGUAUCAAACACCACAUCAUUCUACUCCAUCAACUGCAUCAAGUCUACCCAGUCAUACGCCGAAUCAACAGAUUCAUAUGAAAGAAAUUCAUAAUUUUCAUCAUAUUAGUAAUAAUAAUAAUAACAAUAAUAAUCACAUGCACAUAUCACAUAAUGAGAAUAAUCACCAUCAGCAUCAUCAUGCACAUCAUCAGAAUGAAUAUGAUCAAUACAAUAAUUCUUAUAUCCAUAAUACAAUGAACAAUGACGAGUUUAGUGAUAAUACAGAUAAUUAUUAUAACUUUUAUAUGGACAAUAGUAGCAAUGGACUUCCAACUUCACAAGGUGAUUCAAAUGUUUUAAGACCAUUCUCAGCUGCUUCAAAUAGCUGCUCAAGUUCAAGUUCUGAUGAUCAACAUCAGCAUCUUUACAAUCACCAGCAAAUAAAUCACACAAAUCUCAAUCAUCAACAUUAUGAUAAUGACUAUUCAUUCUCAUUUCCAAAUUGCUUCCCAUCCAUGAAUGAGUCGUCAAAUGCAUCUACAAUCUAUAAUAGUGAUUUUAAAGCAACAACAAAUGCACAUUAUACGAGUGUUAUUGUUGAUAAUACAAAUAAUCAAAAUUACCUUACGAAUGAGUUUGUCCAUUGAAUAAAGGAAGUAUAAAAUAUUAGUUGUCAUUAGUUUUUUCAUCAAGAUCAAUUCAUCAAGUUUUAAAGACAUUAAGCUGUAUUUUUUUGACUUGUAAAUAUUUGUUUUAUACUGAAUAUGAAUUAGAUAUUUCAAUUUUAACUCAUUGUAUAUCCAGGAACUGAUUUGAGAAAUCUUUUGAUGAUGAAUUUAGUAAAACAAGCAUCUGAGCUUAUUUGAACCAAAUUGUUUAAAUUUUUUUCCUGAAAUGAUUUAAAUUAAGUUUUAAAAUAAAAAUUCGAUGAAUGUAUUAAAUUGAAGAAAUUUUUUAUAAGUUGCAGUUUGACAGAAAUGACAAUAAGUCACUAUGUAAAAGAAACCAGUUCUCAUUUUCUAAAAAAAAUUCUACUUUUAUUUUUAAAUUAUUAUAUUUUUAUUUUCAUUUGAAACAUAAUGAAGAAUGACUAGAAUACAUGAACAGAAUGAAUAUAUUUAAUGAAUGAAUUACUUAUUAAUAAAGAAUUGUAAUCACAUUUAGAUUCAACAAAAGACACAUUGUACUGGAUGAACCAUGAUAAAGAAAAUAUUAUUAGUAUCAUUUGGGGAUUCUAUAACAGAUUAGAAAAAUUUAUUGAGUUAAAAAUGUUCAAUGAUAUUUAAGAGUCAUUCGCAAUUGACGUUCAAAAAAGGUAGUCGAGAUCUACUAAUUUUCUAAUUCUGAACGUCAAAGGUGGAUGAGUUCUUAAAUUAUGUAUAUUAUGAAAAUCAUGCUAGAUCUUGCGAAGUUAAAGCAUUUAUCAAUAUACCAAGAAUCAAACAACCUAAAUUGAAAUCUGACUAGAUAACGAAUUCUAAUGAAAGUUUUAACAUAAUUGAAUUAAUUGUAAGUUUAAAAUCCCAUGAAUGUGUAAUUAAUUGUAACAUAAAUUAAUAUAUUAUAUAGAACUUAAAAGAAUCGAUUUGUCUCCCCCCGUU